CAUGUUUUAGGAUUUUUUGUUAUAUUUUUAGAAAUUGACGACGAUGAUGUAGUUAUAGAAGAACCUCCUCCAAAGAAGAAAAAGGAAGAGCAGCAAAAAUCACCAAUUCCUGAUGACCCAGAUACGGAGGUAGUGAAGUCGGUAUUUUUCAAGAAAGUUUUUUUACCUGCUGCAAUUUUUUAUUUCGAAUUUUUUUUUAGAAAAAGGGGUAGCUGUUUUAGGAAAAUUUUGGAUGCUCUUCUGGGUGCUAUCAACAUCCAGGUACAACGGGAACCCUUGUCGGUCAGGAAACUAAUAUUAGAAAAACAGUUGGUCCUCCCAAAUACUAUAAGUUUUCCUCCGUCACAGGUUGUGGAUAUGCUUAUUGAGCAUGAUCCAGAUGCACCACUUCCGAAAGUCAUUAGCAGGAUGUUUGGUGAUGAAAGGCCUAAACUGACGGAAGCGGAAAAACGAGACCGACAUCUUUUAAAAUUAUCUCAUCCUGCACCUCAUAUGACUAAACUUUUAAUGGAUAUCGGCCAGGAUCUUGUUCAAGAGUCGACAUACUCUGAUAUUGUGCAUGCCAAGAACCUUCCUGAAACCCCAAAAAAUAUGGACACCUAUAAGCAGGUUGCGCAACAGCUUAAGCCUGUAUGGGAGGCACUGAGGAAGAAAAAUGAGUGUUAUAAAUUGAAACUAUAUUCGUGUCAAGUUUGCGGCUUUAAAACGGAAUCCCUGAUUGUUCUUGCACAUCAUAAACAAACUCCUCACUUUGACGGUCGUAAAUACCAAUGUGCUAUGUGUCCUGAAUUCUUUACCAAUGAAGCAAUGAUUUCGAAUCAUUAUUUAAAGCAGCAUGGACUGGUUGCUGGUAAAGAAGAGCCUGUCCCACGCAAUCCUUGUCCGUGUUGUGACGAAGAUUUCAUGUAUAAAGGACAGCGGGACCAACAUUUGAAAACUUGUAGGCGGGAUUUAAAUCGUGUUAGGUUGAUAAUGGCUCCGAAGGCGCCAAGAGAUAUUAGUGCAAUUAACCAGUGGCUUUGGGAGAGGCCUCCGGUUGAUCCUAGUAUACUUCAACAACAACAGACUUCACAAAGGCAGCAGGCGGAGGUAAGUAUUUGGCUGAAUACUAGUCGCUCGCCAUCCGCUACUUCGUUGGCUUCCUCUAGUCACGUGAAUGCGUGCGAAAUUUGUGACCAGACAGUGCAGGACAGAGAACGUUAUUUAACGCACCUACAGCUAUUCCAUAAGCAGAUGCGUGGAAAAUCAGCGUCGGAUAUGCAGCAGGGAGCCCCACUAGCCUGUAGUCGCUGUAGAGAUAGGUUUUGGACAUAUGAAGGUCUUGAACGACAUUUGGUAAUGGCUCAUGGCUUAGUAACUUCUGAUCUCCUCACAAAAGCGCAGAAUAAAGAGGAUGGUGGUCGUUGUAAAUUAUGUGGCAAGCAGUACGCUUUCAACAUGCUACAACAUCUAGUGACAGAUCACCAAGUUAAACUUUGUUCCGCUGAAAUAAUGUACAGUUGCGAUGUUUGUGCGUUUAAAUGUAGCAGUUAUAACAAGCUGGAAGUUCAUCUCAAUACAGUCCAUCCUAAAACUCCCGCUCCGAAUGCUGCUUUGAAUACUGCCGCUUUAGGUGCUCAAGGUUAG